AUGUUCGCUAAAAGUAUGAUCCAAGCUUGGCUUCUUGCCACCUGCUGCAUGGCACUUGCUGCCGCUCAAUUUCAGAGUGUGGCAAUGACGGAAGGAUCCCUCCAGGGUACCUUGGAAUCCAAGGUGACGACUGCGGACCCGGCUGCCAAUGGUCAAGACACCAUCACUCUGAAAUACACUGUGCCAGGAACUUCUUGGGUUGCGGUUGGUGUCAACCCAACUGGUGGGGGCAUGGUGAACUCGGAAGUUGUCAUUGGCAAGCCCGAAGACGAUACCGUGCUCAAGUACGCCAUCUCGGCCAGGGGUGUUUCUGCCGUGGUGGAACAACCAAACCAAACUCUCAUCAACACAAGCCUAGUACAAGCCAAUGGAAACACUGUCUUGACUUUCACCAAGCUUUUGGAAGAGACUGGAGAAUACAGCAUUAAUCCUGGUGCCGUGAAUACCUUUGUAGCCGCCUUUGGAUUUAGCAACUCGUUUUCAUUCCACGAAGGUUUUGGAGUUCAACAAAUCAAUGUGCCUGCUGCCACUCCCGUCGCCCCAGACACUCCUUCACCCACCUCUGCUCCUGUCGUUGCUCCUACAGACGCUCCUGCUGUUCCAACUAUGGCUCCAGCACCAACUGAAGCUCCAACUGUCGGGGAUAGUGCAAGUCCUUCCAUGGUAACUGGGUCCGUUCUUUUCACCGUUGUGGUGGUCUCGUCCUCCCUUGCCUUGUUCUGGUAA